GCCGGGAAUACGAUGCUUCCAGUGCCACAAGUGCAACAAGAGAGAAGUAACACUCAGAUCACUAUUCAGGCAUUUUCAUGCACACCAUGGGCAUGAACGCAACUGGUUGUGCGGUAUCCAAGGAUGCAUGAGGACUUGUAUCACAUAUGGAGCUUAUAGAAAGCAUGCUUCGAGGCAACACGCUGAGGUUUUUGAAAAUGCCAACUUUCUGGAAGACAGUGCAUAUAAUGUAUUUAAUCAUGAUGUGACAUUUAUUACAACUGAGGUGGACACUGAGGCUUUGUUAGAUGACCCUGAUGUGCCAGGAACUUCUCGUGCUUCUGACACAGAGCAUCGGCAGACAAGUUUGGCCAGCUCAUCUUGUCAUCAGCGAGACUUUUUCAAUCAAUUUGCAAUGAUGCAACUGAAGUGGAAAGAAGGAAGAAGGCUACCAGAUUCAACUUUGCAAGACAUAUCUACAGAUGUUGUCUUGUACAUGCAGGACUUUUUUGAACACCUUUUAUUAGAAUCUUCUGAAGCAAAAAAAAAAGCAGCAUCAUUUCUAAACCAUCAACUUGAACAGCUUCUCAACAAAAAGCAACGAGAAAACUAUUGGAAGUUGUGCCUCCCUUUUGUAAAACCAGAGGAAAUUUUCAUUGGAAGAGAUUCCCGAGGGAAGAAGGAGACAUACAGUUAUAUCCCUAUUUUAAAGGCACUUGAAGCAUUAAUAACAAAGCAUUCUAUUGAUUGGCACCAGUCGGAAGCAGCGACCUCAAGACACUAUCUUAAGAAUGUUUUUGAUGGGAGUGCAUUUAGAAAUCAUGCAUACUUUCAAGGUGACACUAAAAAGAUCUGCAUACAGUUGUAUACCGAUGAGUUUGAAGUAUGUGAUCCACUUGGCAGCAGACGAGGUAAACAAAAGAUGGUGGCUGUUUACUAUACUGUUUUGAACAUGGCAGCUGAAAAAAAGUCGAAGCUUUCAUCCAUACACCUUGCGAUUCUCGUCAAGGAAAAGCUUGCAAUAAAGCAUGGCUUAAAAAAAAUAUUUGAACCGCUUGUGAAUGACAUAGCAAAGUUGGAAACAGUGGGUAUUACUGUUAAUGAAGAGGUUCAUAAAGGAAGUGUGUUUUGUGUAACAGGGGACAACCUUUCACAACAUAGGCUUGGUGGCUUUAAGUGUAGUUUCAGUCAUGGCAGGAUUUGUCGACACUGCAUGGCACUACGCCAUGAAAUAUCUGGCAAGCAUAGACCAUCUGAUUUUGUAGAGAGAACCCCCGCUGUGCAUAACCACCACCUAUCACUAGUUGCACAGGGUCUUAGCUGCCUGCCACUGUAUGGAGUGCGUGGUGAACCUGCGGUUUCAUUUUUUGGCUUUGAGCCCACCCAGCACCUUCCACCUGAUUUAAUGCAUGAUUUGCAUGAAGGCGUUAUUCCAUUUUUGUUAAAACAUGUUAUUUCUUUUUUUCUGAAAUAUCACAUCAUUAAAUUAGAAUUGCUGAACACUGCAAUCAUGACUUAUCCCUAUGGCCAAAAUGACAAGAGAAAUAAACCUGAAACAUUGUCUGCAAGCAUGUUCCAAAAGAAGGGCACGCUCAAAGGAAAUGCUUCACAAAUAUACUGCUUGUUUCGCUAUCUACCUUUUUAUGUAGGUGAACAUGUACCAACGGGUCACAAUGUUUGGGCAUUGUACCUUUCGUUCAGAAAAAUUGUUGACUUAAUCAUGAGCAAGCAAGUGACAAUAGAACAAAUUGCUUAUCUUGAACGGCUCAUCUCAUGCUUUUGUGUUGACUUCAGAAUUCUGUUUCCAAACACUCCAGCUCCAUGCAAACUGCAUUACAUCAUACAUUAUCCAAAGUACAUGGUGAUGUAUGGACCACUUGUUCAUCUUUGGUCAAUGCGAUAUGAGGCCAAACAUCAAUACUUUAAAGACUUGGCAGUAAAAUUAAGAAAUUUUAAAAAUAUUACGUUAACUCUGUCAAACCGCCAUCAAACAUCUGAGAUGUAUCUUCACUCUUUUGAAGAUAGUAGUGUGAAAAUGGUCACUACAGGGUGCAAGCCAGUGUCGCUGGAGCAGUUGCCUAUCGAAGUGCAGAAUUACAUCACUGCAAAUGCUAUGGACACUAGCAAUGUGUUCUCUCUGGUAUCAGCUGAGAUUCAAGGAACUCAGUAUGCUGUUGAUAGCGUUCAAGUCACGAGCAUGUCGGAUGAUGGGCCAUGUUUUGCCACAGUAAGAGAUAUCUUUUCUGUUAGACGGCAGGUCAUUAUGUAUGCACAAAAACUUCAGACCAUCAAGUUUGAUGAGCACUACCAUGCCUAUGUUGUCAGACGGUGUCCUGAAGUCAUUGUGAUAACAGAUAUUUCAGGUCUUUAUUCUAAUGAACUGAGUAUUCAUACAUUAGGAAACAAAACUUUUAUUUCAGCUCGGCAUGCAUUUGCAGAAAAUAAUUGAACCCCUUGUGAAUGACAUGGCUAAGUUGAAUACAGUGAAUGUUACUGUAAAUGGAGAGGUUCGUAAUGGAAGCGUAUUUUGUGGAACAGUAGAUAAAUUUUCAAAAAGUAGACUUGGUGACCUUACGUGCCGUUUUAUCAGUUCAAUUUGUACUGGGCUUCAGAAAUGUUUUGACUGGCUUCUUAGUAAGUCAGUACUCAUGUUUUUUUUUUUUUGGUACCAUUCAUAUUGAUAGGAACUUCCACAUCCCUUCGAAAUCUUUUUUAAGAGACACUAACAAGCAAAACGCUUUUUCACGUACUAGUAAAGUAUGAUUUCACAGUCCCGAAAACACCACUUUUGGUAACGCGACAUGACACGUGGUAAGCGAGAAAAUGCGCGAAAAGAAACUGCGGGUGGAGACGCCACCUGGAGAUUCCCGCACCAAACACUGUGAUGUCGUCAAUAUUUGAAGGCAUGUACUGGGUCCUGUGUAAUUCCUAAUCCAUAAAGUUAGAGUACAUUGUAAUAUGUGAAUGCCUAAAUAUACAAAGCCUCAGAAAAUUUCAUCGCGCUAAUGUCACGAAAAUAGGAAAAAUACAUUAUGGAAUUUCUUACGCAAAGGCUGGAGAUUAUGGUGCAAAAUUCAAGAAUCAAAACGUCAAUCUUGAUCUUCUCUACUAAUAAUGAACCUAUGAUGGUCAAACGUGCAGCAUUGAAGUUCUCAGAGAGCAGUUUAGCAAUCUAAGGCAACUAGCAGAGUGACUUGUUGGGUGAGUUGGUUCAUUCUUACUGAGCUUAUGGUGCAAAAAAAAAACAAGUGCAAACUGUCAAGUGAAUUUAUUUGUAAAAGCGCACACAUAUAUAUACAGGUAUAUGUACAUAUAUAUACUCCCUGCAGUGUAACGAGAGAUUUGAACAAGGUGUCCCCAUAGAAGACGCCUUAUGGCCUAACAAUCCAUUGUUUACACACCAGCCCGUCUGCUCGACAUAGCAUUUUUCACAAGAUAUAUACAGUGGUGUAUCAUAAACUACUUUUUUGGCAUACUCGACUAAUUUAUCACGUAGCUUAAUGUCGCACCCGUGGACCCACUCGCUCUGUCUAGAUAACUUCAUACCCACAGCCGCACAAAUCUGGCGAAGCUUGUCUGCUGCAGAGAAAACCUAAAACCACGCUACAUCCGAACCUGUCCCCUACUUUCUUCAGCUUAUGGGAAACCCCGUGAACAUGCGGAAUGCUUACAAAAAGAGCCCCUUUCUUCCGUCUUAUUCGGCUUAUGCCAAGUGCUUCCAACUUCAACCUUUGCAGGACCCUUUCGCUUGUGUUUCUUUGCCCCAUAGGCUCGUUAAAACAACUAGUUGUUUCUCUUUAGCGUCCAUUUAAUAUACAUUAUUCAGUUUCAAGCAAACUAUAAUAAGUCAGUGGAGUAGCGUACACUUAAUACUCCCUCAAAUGUUCUUUCAAUAAUGUUUAACAUGAAGUACAACCAUAUGUGUUGCACAGCCAAACCUCUUUAUUUGUGAGAAAGAAGUUGCCUGUUAAUAUGUCUGUGCUGAAAAGCUUGUCUCGGCCUUGGAAAUUUUCAGUCAGAUGUCUGUGGGCUGUUGUUUGCUAUAUGCAGUUACUAUGAAGAGUGAUAAGAGGCACUCUUUUCUGUACUUAUUUUUUCAGUCUGACGUUCUGACUUGGUGUUGCUUGCUACACAAUGAUACUAUCGGCAGUGAUAGGACUCAAUUCUUUUCUUUUCAGUGCGAUGUCACUUGGCUGUUGUUUGUUACAUAAAACUGUUUCACAAAAGUUUCUGAUACUUUUUACCGUACUUUCUAUUAAAGCUUAUGUCUUUUGACUGUCUCAUUC